GUAUUUGCUGCGACUGAAAAGCUCGUUUUGGUCAGAUCCCUCGAUCAUUGUUGUAGAUCUAUACGGAUUGAAAAGCCCUGAUUUGGAAGCAUGUCGGCGCUUUUCAAUUUCAAUUCGUUCUUGACGGUGGUGCUGCUCGUGAUUUGCACGUGCACCUUCUUGAAGAUGCAGUUCCCGGCUCUCCUGGAACAGAAAACUGGGUUUCGGGGGUUUUUCUGGAAGGCUGCUAGAAUAGGUGAACGGUUGAGUCCUUGGGUUGCUGCUGGAUGCAUUGCGAUGGGUGUCUCGAUUAUACUUUUCUAGGUUAGGAUGUAGUCAGGGGCAAGGAAACUUGGUGCAUGGUAGUGUUUUGUAAGCUUGUGAAUUACAAUGACUAGUGCUUGGUCCGGUGAUCUCUGCUGGAAUGAAAAAGACAAUUAGAGUGAGAUUUUAGAGUUGCAAAGAUUGUCAAAUUUUUCAUGAAUGAAUGGUGUAUAAUUUACCUUUUGCAAAAAGAGGAAGAAACAAAAUCAAGUACUGCACCUCCAUUUGUUUUGAGCUCUACUUAUGAAUCGGAUCAGAUUGCUUACAGUAGCAUAGAUUGAAUUGACUGGC